AUGGAUUAUCCUCGAGGGCAAAUUGAGUUAACCACUCGCAUUAACCUACUUCAACCAGAAGUGAUCAGAAACACCGUCAAAAUCAGGUUCGAUUUUAACGUCGAUGAAUAUCUCAGUGAUUCGACCGGUUUCCAAAUCCUAAUCGGUACUGAGCAAUCUUCGCCACCACGUCUCAUCGAAUUCAACCUCAGUAGCACCGAUCUCCGCCAGAUCCAUGAGAACUUAGCCAUCAGGAAAGCGAGUUCCUCGCCUCAAACAUCGCUCGUGUUAUUGCUACCAACAAUGGAAUGGGCUUUCAUUAACCUCGGCAUCGACUUCCUCGUGACAUUGACGUACCAGAGAGUUCUUUACAUCGACUUCGAUUUAUCCUCUUUCCUUGGAGAGGAUGAUGUGGUUGGGAGAUUGGUUAGAGAAGGGGAGAUCGACGAGGAGAUAUCGAAGAGUUUGGAUCUGGAAUCGAAGUCGUGUACUCAAUCUGUUUUGAGAAUCUUUUGGGUACUUUAG